AAAUCGGAAUUUUCUUUUGCGUACGCCAUUUCCGGCUUUUGUGCGCACGCACAUUUUCGUAUGAAUCCCACGCACUGUUUUAUAAAUGAGACCCCACAUCUUUUUUAUAACUGGAUGUGGACAUUUAUAACCAGGAUAGAGAAGGAGGAGGUAGAAGAAGUGCCAAAUCUGUCCAAUAAGCCAAAAAGCAGAUCAAACGAAGAACGUCCCCAAAAACCAACAGGGGACAGGAGGUCCUGUCAGAAGAAGAGUGUUCUAAAGGUUCUUGAAAACAGAAAGAUAUGACCCUCAUUCCAAGCAACCAAAGACCACAACAGUCUGGACUGUGACUGCCUUGUGUGCAGGGAUGGGAGAACCAGAUGACAUUCCUCCAAAGAACACAGAGGCCGUGAAGAAGUGUAGGUUCCUAAAUGAUUAAGUAGCUGCUCCAGCUGUCUUGAGGCAAAAGAGAUGUCUCAGUGAAGUGGCCUCUGUUAAAACCCAACGGAUUUGGAUUAAGGAGAGUGUUCACGAGAGGAAUCCUGUGAAUCCUUAUGCCCCCUUGAUAAGAAGAGAAGUGAGGAAACCAUUUGCUAAUUGUCAAUUUGACCAUGGUUAGGGGAAAGCUUUCUGGGCAGGUGUUACCUGGGCCCAUUUAAAAGAUGUUUAGAAGUUGUCAUGCGUGAUUGCUGGUACAAUGGUGGGAGAUAUCGCUUGAAGAGUUUGGUGAGAAUGGGGUCCAGUGCACAUGUGUAGCCUUGCCGUCAGCUACAGGGCAGAGUGAGAGAGGUGGUGACGGUUGUCUCGGAGUGGUGCAGAGGUUUGGCCACUGAUGACUGGCAGCUAUUCAGUGGAAUAUGUCUGCGAGCUCAGUGUCCAGUGGAGGACUGAUUCAUGUUUUCAAGAAAGAAACUUAUUUCCCCUUUAAAAAAGUGUUUUUAGCACCUCUGGUUUUGCCAGUGCAAGAAGCAAUUUAUUUGCUACUGAUGCUGGAUGGAGACAUAAAAUCAUGUUUCUUCAAAGACGCUUUAUUAUUGCUGACUGCUUUUUUUGUAAUUAAUUAUUGACUUGUGUUAUACAACAUUAAAACGUUGGAUUCAUUUAGGUUGUGAGUCAGUUUGCCCGAGAGAUAAAGACCGAGUGAGAGAGAUUGUUUAAAAAAACAAAGCUUAGCACCUGUACAGCUGCACCUGUCGAGCUGGUUGGAUUGGAUGAAUUUUAAGGCUGGGGGGUUAGGAGGGAGGGGUCAACAGCACUGUGACACAGUGAAGGAAGGAAAAAUACUGUCGAGAAGGAGAGUGACUGUCAACACUGACGUCUCGUGUUUGUGUUUUUACCUCCUGACAGAAAUAAUCACUGCUGCGAAAUCUCUUCAGUCCUCACAACAGUGUAGCAGCCGGUGGUUAUGGCGCUGCCUGCAGCCUUUCUGUCUGAAGACCAGUUCACCUGCUCCAUCUGUCUGGAGGUGUUCAACAACCCAGUAUCAACACCAUGUGGUCACAGCUUCUGCCAGGCCUGCCUCUCCUCUUACUGGGCAGGAGUGGCAAGAGUGGGAGGAGGUGCAAAGAUCUACCAGUGUCCCCUCUGUAAGGAGUCCUUCCGCAGGCGCCCAGAGCUUCAGAUCAACCGAACCCUGAAGGAAAUCACUGAACGAUUCAAGGAGAUUGCCAAUUCAGGAAUGGAUGAAAGAGGUGGAGAAGGAGUGGAGGACCCCAACUCUCAUCCUCACCAUCAUCAUCUCCUGGCCACGAGGCCAAGAGAGAUGCCGGAGAGCAUCUUUGCUGAGAUGAUAACCCGUUUCCAACAGCUGCCGACCCAUCCCAGUGACCCUCACGACCAAAGCCCCAACAGAGUCAACUCUCACAUGGCCAUCAGGUCUCAGAGCACAGAGCAGCAGGACCCUCCUCCACCCUAUUCAUCUCUCCGCAGGCACACUCUGAGCGGUCCAAGUGAAUCCUCGCCCAGUCUGCCUCUGUGUCCCCUCCACCUGAGACCUCUCGGGUUCUUCUGUCGCACUGACAACUUGUGUGUGUGCAACAUGUGUGUGGAGGCAGCAGAGCACAGAGGACACACCGUCAGCCCCGCCAAGAGGGAGUGGCACAUCAAGAAGGCACAGUUAGGACUUGAAGAGGGGGAGCUGAAGGAUCUGAUCUGCGAGCGAGAGAGGAAAGUGGAGGAAAUACAGAGCUCCUUACGAGAGAUGCAUGCUGCUGCUGAGAGAGAGACCAAUGGGGCUGUGUGUGUGUUCUCCAAACUGAUCUCCUGUGUGGAGCGCUGCCAAGCUGAAGUCCUGGAGGUGAUAGAGAUGAGUCAUCGAGCGGCCGAGCACAGAGCUCAGAGUCUGCUGAGAGAGCUGGAGGAGGAGAUCGCUGAGCUGAAGAGGAGGAGCACAGCACUGAGCCAGCUGGCUGUAUCUGAAGACUACGUCGACUUUCUCAUGACUUUCACUGGCCUGUCCACCCCUCCUCCAGCUAAGGACUGGUCCAGUGUCUCUGUGUCCUCUGAGCUGACCUCAGGUCUGAUUCUACGGAACCUCAGUGUAAUGAUGGAGCACUUUCAGGAAGAGAUGCGCAAACUGCCAGAACUCUGCCAGCGGCCGUCAUUGGACCAAUCUGUACCCAGACCAAAUCCAAAGAUAAGGAGGGUUCAGGAAUAUGCAGCUGACAUCACUUUAGACCAAAACACAGCCCAUCCACGUCUCAUCAUCUCAGUAGAUGGAAAGCAGGUGCACUGCGGUGACCGCCAUCAGCCGGUUCCAGACUAUCCUGAGCGCUUUGACCGGGUGGUGUGUUUGCUGGCCCGCCAGGGCUUCAGCUCAGGACGACACUACUGGGAGGUGGAGGUUGGAGGAAAGACAGACUGGGACCUGGGAGUGGCAAGCCGGUCUGUCAGUCGGAAGGGCAAAAUCACCGUAAGCCCCGCCCAUGGUUAUUGGUUCCUCAGCCUGCGGGAUCGGACCGACUUUGCCUUUCGAACGGAACCCUCAACCAACCUCACAGUCAACCUCAGACCUUCACGGAUUGGAAUCUAUGUGGACUGUGACAAGGGCCUGGUGUCCUUCUACAAUGUGGAGGCCAGAGUGCUCAUCUAUACCUUCACAGAUAGUUUUCCUGACACCAUCCAUCCAUUCUUCAGCCCCUGUACUAACAAGUCAGGAAGAAAUGAGGGUCCAAUAAUCAUUCGCCCUGUUGCAAUGACAGAAUGAAAUAAGUCGACAUUUUAAGGAAAUCUUUACUAAUGAGGAAUUCUGUCACAGACAAACACCUGGAACACAUUUGAUCAAAGCUUCACCUCAUUCCUUCAUGGCAAUAGAGAUGCUGUUGAUGUUGACAAGGGCGUUCCUCAUUCUGGGCCAAUGUGAACUUUCAAGACUGAAGUCAGCAGUGGUCAAUAUCACUGUUCCAUAAUAUUUAGUGCUGAAAAUCUAGAAGAAUCUUGACACAGCAUUAGGUGCAUGAAACAAAGAAAGACUAAACCGUCUGUGAUUUAAAAUUACCCACCUAAUUUGCCUGAAGUUAGGUUCAAAGCACAGCAUAUGUUGGCAUGUUAACAGGGACGUGCUGUGAGAAAUGUAUACUAAUGUAGCUGAGGAUAAUUCAUCAAAUAUGCCAUAAAGUGUUUUCAGCCCUCUUUAGGCUUCCAUUAAGCAUCAUGCUACAUUUCUGGCUGAGCGUGUUUAAAGUAUGCACUUCAUUUAAAAGUCAUAAAAAUAAUGAGUUGAUUAGACCUGAGUCAUUUCAGGUGCACAUGUGAAUUGGUGUCUUCCUCCCUUGGUCAUGAAAUGAUGUCACAUGCAUAAAAGUAGAAGUUCAAGGCUCAUGAGUCAAAAGUAGAGAAAGACUGAUAAUUUACCUUUUUUGCAGGUUGAAGUUACCAGUCAGUUGUUUUUACGGAGGCCUCCUUCUAUGCCUCAAUCUAUGGGGGGGGGUUGUAGAGUGGGCUGCUGUUGCUUGUUGCAGUACUGCCUGUUGUAUGUCCAUUGCUGAUAAUCCUAUGUGUUAAUAUGCUGUUUGUAUAACAUUUAACAUGUUCCAAUACUAAAAGUGUCAGUUAUUGGUAAUUUAACCAGAUUAAUUAAAUUAUAUCUUUCUCUAUUAAAGGUGCUAUGUAGGUUUUCUCUGCUGCUGAGCCUGGUUUCUUGCUGGGAGUGGGUGCUGGUGAUGGUCACUGUUUCAGCUGUUGUUUAGUUUACAAGACGAGAGGUUAUAUCUUCAGCACUACUUCUUCAAGCAGACGCUAAAGACAGUAGAAGCAAAGAGUUGAUUGAAAUAGAAGCAAAACAACAGCUGAUGUUAUUGCUGACGGCUCUUGGUGAGUAAAAGGAUAAAGUUUGCUGCUAAUCUCUUUCUGCUAAAUCUGUUCAGGUGCUUCAUGUCUAACUUACUUCUCAGGAGUCGCUAUGCUGCUGUACGUUGAAUACAAUAAAUGUUAUUUUAAAACAUUAACUUAAACUUUAACGGGAUAUCAGUGUGGACUCUUCAUUCGCUGUUCACGUUGCCAUAAUAUUGAAGGAAAAUCUAGAUUUCAUUUACAGACAGAUUGUCUUGUGAAAGACAUUUUAAGAGUGGAAUUCUUGAAAAACAUGUACUUCAUCAGAUCAUAAUGCCUCAGUACAAAUUGUGUGUUGAAUAGUGUGUAAAUAAAAUUAAUUAAUAAAUAAA